AUGGCAGCGACGAAGACGGGGAGGCGGUCUAGCGAGCAACGGCGACAGCCACGCAUACAACGUCGUUUCCCCGACGUUAGGGUGAGCGAGAGGUGGUUGCUCCGGUGGUUUGGGGCUCCAACUAAGGUGGUAUCAGAUUCAAAGAACAGUCGAGAUUCAGGGUGGUUGUAUCUUGUAGAUAAAGCCGAAAUUCGAAAAUUGAAAAACCCUUCUUUUUCCCCCUUCUUGCUUGCGCCAUUGAACAAUUCCGACGUCUUCCUCCGACUCAGAUGUGUUGUUAACAAUUAUAAUACCAGGAGUAAUGAUUGGAGAAAGUUGGACGAUAUUGCCCCUGAUGCUAUUGAUCUUCCUUUUAAACUGUUUGUGGGAAGGAAGUGAAAGGAAGGAAGAUGGAAGCAUGAUCUUUGUGAUGAAGCGAGAGUCCGAGUUCAAAGAAGAGGAUCAGAUUGCAAAAGUUGAAGUCUUUCUUGCUUCAUAGCCAUGUUUUUUAUUUUUUGUUUUUGUUCAUAAGAUUUCAUGUGGGUGGUUUAGGAUGAGAUUCUAGAAUGAACAGGAUUAUAUUGCAAAACAUUAUAGUUGUUCUUGAAUGUGAAAUGAUGAUCCUAGAAUGGCUCAAAGCUUUAGUUUGUCGGUGGUUUAGGAUGAGAUUCUAUAUUUUUUUUUAUUGUUAUUCAUGUGAGUAUGCAUUUAAGAAUAAUAUCAAGUGUUUUUUGAUUAAAUAUUUGAAGUCAGUUAAGUGUUGUUUUGGAUAAAA